CUGUUUAAGGUAGCUUACGUUAGCCGUUCGUUGAUGUUCCUGGUAGAGUAUGGUAGAAUAUCAGUUGUGCUUUUAGUUUGAUAUAUUUUAGGCUGAUUCAUUUUGGCUACGUCCCGGUCGAUGUUUAUGGAUUGCCAGAAGUUGACGUGUCUUUGAACGGACGUACAGGUAACCAUAAGAAAAUGCCAUUGCAUGGAAAAAUAGUCGUGAUCAAGAGGAGUGGAGGAGAUGGGACUGAGUUUCCCCUUACUGCAACAUGCUUGUUUGGAAGGAAACCUGACUGUGACAUUCGUAUUCAACUUCCCCAAGUCUCCAAGGAGCAUUGCAGAAUUGACUUCAAUGAAAAUAAAGAGAUCAUUUUGACAAAUUUGAGCUCAGUGAAUCCAACCCGUGUCAACGGGGAGGUUCUGCAGCAGUCUGAGCGUUUGAAGCACGGAGAUGUGAUAACUAUUAUUGACCGUUCUUUCAGGUUUGAGUACCCUCCAGCCCCCACACCAAAGAAGAGGUCUUCCACAGGAGGCAAAGCUGAAACCUUCAAAGUUCUUCAAGAUCAACAAGUGGUGGACUCUGUCACUUUUGAAACAGGAGAAAAGAGGAUCUCUGAAGUAUUUGCAGAUGGAACUAAUCAUGACAACAUCCAGCGAGCCCUGGAGAAAACUGUGGAGGUGGAGUCCAAGGAAGAAAACAAGAUCAGCUCCCCCUUCAAUGACCUGUAUCAAAUGAUCAAGAAGUCCAUGGAUGUCAAGACCCCUCGGAGAUCUUCUGCAAGUCUGCUUCAAACACCAGCCUCAAGGUUUUGUACUCCAAAACCUGGUUCAGUCAGGAAAAGCACUGCCAUUUCCACAGAAGACAAAAGAAUUUCUAAGAAAGAUGAAGCUAAAAUCUUACCUGGAGCUGACGAAAGCAAGGGGGAAGUUGAAAGUAUCAGUAAUGGGACCCCAAAGUCUGUUAAGAAGCAGAGGACCUCCUUCCAGGUUCCUUCUGAGAUGGGUGCACCUGCAGCUGAAGAAGCUGAACAUGCAACCAAGUCUGAAACAACUUCACCUCAGAAGAGAAAUCGUGUGACCCCGCAGAGGUUCACUGCGUGUGAGGUUAUUGAGCAAGUUUCUGCUCAAACGCCAAAGUCACCAAUGAGAAGAAGGAGCAAGGAGGCCACACCUGCCACACCUGCAGGGACAAAGGAAGAGCAGCCAAUGACUGCUCCCAAAACAGAGCAUCUUCGAAAGGCAUCACCAAGAAACUCAGGGAAAGCUGAAAAAGUGAAAGAGAUGUCCAAAAACCGCAAAAGUGGAGAACCUGCGGCCAGUUUGUCCUCACCAUCAAUGAAGAAGAAACGUGUUUCCUUUGGAGGUUACCUGAGCCCAGAGUUAUUUGACAAACGUCUGCCCCCUGACUCUCCAUUACGUAAAGGGGCCACUCCGCGGAGAAGCCUGUGUCUGUUUAAACCCAAACAGUCACUCCUUAGACGAGCGUCAGUUAUUGGCUUCAUAAAGGAGUUUGAACAGGAUAGUCCAAAUGUGCGAAGUCCUGCAAAAAAGACGACACCAUCACCUAAAAAGUCAUCAGCUGCCACGAAUGCUUCUCCUAAGACCCCAACACCUGGAAAGAAAUCACCAAAAUCUAGGUCCCCUUCUCCAAAGGCAGCAUCUCCUGGAAAGAAGUCACCACAGUCCAAGACUCCUACUAAGGCAGCAACUCCUGCGAAGAUUUCACCAAAAUCUAAGUCUCCUUCUCCAAAGGCAUCAUCUCCUGGAAAGAAGUCACCACAGUCCAAGACUCCUACCAAGGCAGCAACUCCUGCGAAGAUUUCACCAAAAUCUAAGUCUCCUUCUCCAAAGGCAGCAUCUCCUGGAAAGAAGUCACCAAAAUCCAAAACUCCAUCUCCUGCAACGGGAAGGUCUCCCUCAAACAAAAUGGAAACUCCCAAGCAGCCUAAAACUCAACGCAAGUCUACAACCCCAGGUCAGGAAAAUGCUUCCACUGCUGGGGUAACACCAGCUAAAACCCCCAUUAAUUCGGGAGUCUUGACCCCCACAGUGCAAGGGCGCUUCUCAGUGUCACGCAUCAGCACUCCAUCUCCAGUUGCAGAAGAUGCUGUUCCUGCCCAGAUGCCUCUAGCCACAGUCACCCCUAAAAUACCUCUGAAGAGGAAGAGCAUGAAGAGCACCUCAAAGAAAACCCCACUUGUGGCCAAGAGUGCUGUAAAAGCAAUGUGCAGAAGAAGUGGCAUUUCACGGGCAUCAAUGAAAGCCCGAAGCACCUGGGCAGACAUUGUGAAAUUUGGUCAAACUAAGGCUCAAGUGGCUGUGCCAACUAAAACAGUGGUCACCAAAAAGACAACAAAGAAGACUGUGUCCAAACCACAGACCCCUGCAAGAAAAGCCACCGGCCAUGUCAGCACUGGACACGCAGAUUCACCUGUUACCAUUGUUGUGGGCAGAGCACACAAACAAAAGUUUGUACAUCCAACUGGUGCUGCACCAAGAGUGGUCACCAAUACUGCAUUCUUCAAAAAGGACAUGAAAAUGGAUGAGGACUUGACUGGAAUUUCUGAGAUGUUCAAAACUCCUGUAAAUAAAAGGAAGAGAUCAGUCAUCAAUGACAACAGUGGCACCAACACACCAGUGGGAGUUCUGAGCACGUCUGUGGUAGAGCCAUCAGUUUUAAACACACCAGAAGAGACAGGGGAAAUGGUGGUGUCUCCACUGAGUGUGGCAUCUACGGUGAAGGGCAGAAAAUACAACAGGGAGGCAGUGCAACGCCUCCUUAAUAAUGAUCAAGAAUCUAGCUUCGUCAGUGAGAUCCCUGCCUUGGUGAUUCACUCUGAACUCAGUGAACAGCAGCGCACAGAUGUGAAGGCAACCCCUGUCACAACUCCCAAACAGAAGCCUGAACAACAGGAGUGUCUGACUGGAGUGAAGAGGAUCAUGAAGACCCCAAAACAAAAAGCUGAACCUGUUGAGGACUUGAGAGGGAAGCUUCUGAAAACUCCUAAACAGAAGCCUGAACAACAGGAGUGUCUGACUGGAGUGAAGAGGAUCAUGAAGACGCCAAGACAGAAGCCUGAACCCGUUGAGGACUUGAGAGGGAAGCUUCUGAAAACUCCUAAACAGAAGCCUGAACAGCCGGAGUGUCUGACUGGAGUGAAGAGAAUCAUGAGGACCCCAAAACAUAAAGCUGAACCUGUUGAGGACCUCAGAGGGAAACUUCUGAAAACUCCCAAACAGAAGCCUGAACAACAAGAGUGCCUCACUGGAGUGAAGAGAAUUUUUAAGACCCCACAACAGGAGGCUGAACCUCUUGAAGAGCUUCGAGGAAAACCUCAGAAGACUCCCAGCACCUUAGAGGCUGGUGAUGUGAGUGUGGACAGUGUGAAGAAACUUCAGGAGACACCAGCACACGUGCAAGAAUCUGAAGACCUGUCUGAAAAGACAAACAUGAAAACUAUAAACCUGAAGAGCUCCCCAUUAGUGCGUCUCACGGAUAUCAAGAGAAUGAUGAAGAUGCCCAGGGAGAAAAGUGCUCCAGUUGAAGAUAUGGUUGGUGUGAAGAGGCUCAUGAAAACUCCCAGAGAGAAGGGUGAACCCGUUGAGGACAACUUUGGCAUCAAGGCACUCAUGAAGUCACCAAGGCUGAGGGGUAAUGCUCCAGUGGAAGACUUUGAGGGACUUCAAGAGCUCAUGGAGGAGCCCCUGACUGAUCCCUCUGGAGAACUGGAAACAAAUGAGGUUGAAGAUCCAGAUUGCGGUGUAGUCGUUGAAAAAGAACUACACUUUGAGGAGCCACAAGAUGAUACGCCAUCAGAUGUGAUUGAUAAUGUUCCCCAAGUUAACAUGGCAAAAGAAGCAGAUGCAAAUGAACUUGUUGUUCAUAACCACACUGAAGAGGUGCCAAGUGGUCAUGAUGAUAAUGAAUCAUCAGAUGCCAUGGAAACUCUCUCUCAGGCAGCUGUAGUAACCAGAGUGGUUGCUGCAGACGAGAAUUUAUCCAAAAAACAGCCAGAAGUGGAGACUGCUCCUGGCAAAGUCACAGAAAUGGAUACAGCUGCUGCGGAUCCUGACCAUCAGAAGAAAUCUGUUCGAGGCCGAAGGGCAAGAAGAGUGGAAUCUAAGGCAGUUGAGGAUCAACAAAAGGCAUCAGAACAUAAUGAUGAUCCUGUCAACCUGGCUCCAGUCAGAGGAAGAAGAGGGAAGAAAGCUGAAGCUACAGCUCCAUCCACUGUUACUCAAACGACAAGAACCAGAAGCAAGGAUCUUGAGCUCACAAUGGAGGAAAGCGCCCCUCAGUCUUCUAAAGUUGCCCCUACGCCUAGAAGAGGAAGAAAUGCCAGAAAAGCUUCUGAUGAUCAAGCUGAAAUGGUGCAAGAGGUCGCUACUGAAAUGGAAAUAGCGCCUGAAGCUGAGAGGAAACAGAUCCCUCCAGUUGAUGUCGACCACAAAGCAAAUGACACCGCAGCACCUCAGGAGAAGGCUGUUUCAAAGCCCAAGCGAGGGAGAAAAGCUAAACAGGAAUCUGAGCAGUCUCAGUCAGUGCCAGAGCAACAAGAUGUGCCUUCUGCUCAGAGUGACGAUGUUCCCCAAGCUGACAUGGCAAAUGAUGCAAGCGAAGUCUGCAGUGACCAGCUGGAGAUGGUGCCUAGUGGAAAUGAGGAAAAUAAAUCAUUAGAAGCUCCGGACACUGUCCCCCAGGCACCUGUAAUUGAGAGUUUACCUGAAAUGAACACAAAAACGGAUGCAGCAGUCGUUCAGAAGAAACCUGUUCGAGGCAGAAGGGCAAAAAUGUUGGAAUCUAAAACAGCUGAAGAUAAACAGGAGGCAACAGACCGUUCUGAAGAUCUUGUUGUCCCUGCUCCAGUCAGAGGAAGAAGAGGGAAGAAAACCGAAGCUACUGCACCACCCGCUGUCAGACAAACAACAAGAACCAGAAAUGCAAAAUCUCGAGGAUGCACCUCUGAUGAGAAACCUGAAAUGGUGCCAGAGAAAUCCGUCGAAACACAACCAGUGACCGAGAUUCCCUCUGAAGCUGUGAGUGACCAGACUCCACUGAUAAAUACCAGUCCACAAGAAAAUGAUUCUGCAUCCCCUGCAGAGGAAGCUGUCGUGAAGCCUGCCCGAGGGAGAAAAACUAAAACAGCUGUUGAGCCACCUCAGCCAGAGCCAGAGAAAAAUGAAGUUGUGAGUGAUGAGCAUCUUAUGGCUGAACCUCAGCCUCAGCAGCCCAUUCCCAUUGUUGGAAAACCCAGACGAGGGAGAAAGGCAAAAGCUGACACUGUUGAACAAAAUGAGGUCGCAGAAGUGGAGACCAAGCAGCAGUCUCGGCCUCCAGUCAGGGCCAAGAGGGGAAGAAAUGCCAAACAGGAUGAGACUGCUAAGGCCGAGGAGCCAGUUAAAAAAUUAAGGAGAACCAAGAAGCUUGAGCAGGACCAUGUAGAACCAAGAGAAGAAAUCCAACCUGCUGAAAUGGUUGUCCCAGAGGAGUCUGAAGCUGCACCUGUUGCUGAAUCACUUAAAAUGAAUGAACAGGUUCCUGUGGCUGCAAAACCCAGGAGAGGAGGAAGAAAAGCAAAACAGGACACUGGGGGGGAUGUCCCUGUUGAGUCCACAGAGAUCCAAGAGGUCCCUGCUGUCAGCUCCACAGACAAACCCAAACGGGGUAGGAGAGGAAAACAAGUAACUGAAGAGGCUGGAGUAACUGCUGAAGUACAAGAGGUAAAACCUGACCAUGAGCUGGAUCCUGAAGAGAAGAAAAAUGCUGAGCCAGAUACUCCAGUCAUUAAGCCGAGCAGGGCAAGGGGGGUGAGAAGUUCUGUGAAAAAUGAGGUUUUGCAAGCAGUUCCAGCCAAGAGAGCACGUCGAGGUGCCGCUCUUUCCCUCGAGGAGACCAGUGCAGAAACCGCAGUCCAGAUUUCUGAGUCUGUUCCGUCCUCAGUAGAGCCAGCUAAAAGGGGAAGGCGGGCAGCAGCAAAGCCCACAACAGAUGAAUCCACAGUGAGCAGUGACCAGGCAAAUACCUCUGAAGAUUUAAGCAAUGCUGUUGUUGAGGACACCAGAAUGUCCAAAAGAUCGGUCAAGUGGAAAGCAGAUUUGGAAAUCAUUCACAUUCCAAAACAAACACCUGUAAAAGCUGUUCGAGGCAGGAAGUCAAAACUUGGAGACAAAGUUGAAGCUGAAGGCAAAAAUGUGUCAAAGGACGUCAACAAAACUGAAGAGAAGGAUCUCUCAGAUGAAGCUGUUGAAGCUCAGCCCAUCAAGAGAGCCAGGCGAGGGGCAAAGGUUGCUGAUGAAGCGGAGUCUUCAAGCAAAGUAGACCCUAAGAAAGGUGCUGAAGCUGAGGCGCAACCAAAAACCAGAAGAGGAAGAACAGCAAAGAAAUAAAAGCAUUUGUAUAUAUUCUUAAUUACAGUUACUUUUUCCUUUAACCAUUUUGUACUUGCCAUGUUUUAGAUUGUAAGGCAUUUUAGAAAGUAGUUUUAUUAGACUGAAAAUGGAGCACUGCUUUUUUAAUUUUUUUGUUCUUGAAGACAGCAGGGAAUCUUGUUUUAUUUUGUGACAAGCUGUAUGUUAUUCAUUACUCAUUUUACAAAUAUUUUUAUGGUGGAAAAAAGUGGUUAUUAAAUUUUUUGUACAAUGGAAAAACCUGUCUGAAUUAGUCUGAAUGUUUAAAAUGUUCUGUUAUUCAGUUCAUUCAUGUGUGAUGUUAAAAUGACUUGGAUGAUAAUUCACAAAAUGGCUUUAGAGGCAACAUGAAGAUGCCAACACCUGAAGUUUAUACAUGACCAGUUGAAAGUUUUAAAGCACCUCCACUUUUCCAGCUGUUAUUUAAAUUUACACAGUUCAAUCUGUUUCUGAAAUUAAAGU